GUAUAAGGUGGAGAGCUGACAGAGGGGUAAUGUUCCAGUUCUCUGGAGAGGACUAGGUCUCUCUUGGGAGGAUAUAAAGAGCAAUGAAAAGUAACCAACCCGACGGGACCAACUACAGCCCAUCUGUAGCUGGGGAGAGGUCUCAAUAAUGCUACAAAAAAAUGUGCAGCCUUGUGCAGUGAUAUGGGAAUUCUCACACAGAUGGAGAAAAUUGUACCUUGAAUAUAUGAAUGAAUAAAAAAAAAUAAAAAAAUAAAAAAACACCCCCACACACAAGGAAUAAUGAAUGGCAAUAAUGAGCCGUGCCUAUACAUACAAGCUGUAUGUAAAUGCUAUGGAUAUUUCGGAGGACAACAUGGGGAAAUGGACGUCAUGGGAAAAAAUGUCUCAGUCACCAGUUAAUUGGUUAGAUCAUCUCCGGGACUGAAGAAGCAUGGACGUAAUGAAAUUCAAGAAGUGAAAAAAAUAAAAAAUAAAAUAAAUCAAUGCUUUCAGUUUGGCCUACACCACUGUGUCCCUGGGAUUUUCCUUUUACAUAUCUAUGAGACAUCUUGUGGAAAAGAAUGGGCAAGGGAUCAUUUUAAAUGUUAAAACACCACAGACUUCUCAGGUCUGUGGAUAAAUAAAUUUAUCAUGCCAAGUCCAGGACUACUGUGCAUACCCAGAAUAAAGGAUCUACCACUGAAACAGCUGCAUGAGAAAAAAUGCAUUGGCCCCAAAAAAGCAGAUUCCUGUCUUAUAAGCCCUUGGUCUUUCCUCUGGUUAGGCCUAGUGAAUUAUAUCCUGCUAGGCUGCUGUCCAGGUGUGUUUGCAGGAGAGACAUGGGGAAUGGUCUCCAUCUGCCCCUUCCAUUGCGUGUGUCGGAACUUAUCAGAGUCUCUAAGCACGCUCUGCGUUAAUAAAGGACUGCUCUUUGUCCCACCCAAUAUUGACCGCCGCACUGUGGAGCUCCGUCUUGCAGACAACUACAUCCUGGAGGUCGGCAGACCCGACUUUGCCAACAUGACUGGAUUAGUGGAUCUGACCCUGUCUCGUAACACUAUACAUGCUCUGCGCCCACUGGCGUUUGGAGACUUGGAAAGCCUGCGGUCGCUUCACCUGGACACUAAUCGGUUGACUGUAGUGGGACCACAGGAUCUAACAGGCCUUCUCAACCUUCAGCAUCUCUUCAUAAACAACAACCAGCUUACAGAUAUCUCAGCUGAUGCCUUUGAUGACUUCCUGCUAACACUGGAAGACCUGGACCUGUCCUACAACAACCUUCGCAGGGUUCCCUGGGAAGCCAUCCAGAACAUGGCCAGCCUAAGCACCCUCAACUUGGAUCAUAACCUCAUAGACCAGAUUGCUGAGGGCUCUUUCAGUGAGCUCUACAAGCUCUCUCGUUUGGAUAUGACCUCAAACAGGCUCCAGACCCUUCCCCCUGAUCCCCUGUUUUCUCGCUCACAAAUUGGGGUAGUCAGCCCAACACCCUACAACGCAAUCAUCAGCCUGAAUUUUGGUGGAAACCCUCUGCAUUGUAACUGCGAGCUGUUGUGGCUGCGGAGGCUGAUCCGUGAGGAUGAUAUGGAGACCUGCGCCACACCCGCACACCUUGCUGGACGUUACUUCUGGUCCAUCCCAGAGGAAGAGUUCAUAUGUGAGCCUCCUCUAAUCACCCGCAACACCAACAAACUGUGGGUCCUAGAGGGGCAGAGGGCCAUGCUUAAGUGCCGUGCAAUUGGUGACCCUGAGCCAGUCAUCCACUGGGUAUCCCCAGAUGACCGGAUUGUGGCCAACUCCAGCCGCAUACACUCAUAUUACAACGGGACCCUGGAUUUUCUGGUAACACGUGCCAGAGAUGAUGGAGCUUAUACGUGCAUCGCUAUCAAUGCAGCUGGCGAGUCCACUGCCCAGGUGGAGUUGAAAAUCAUCCCACUGCCUCACAGAGGAAAUGGAACAGUCCCACUUUUUAACCCCCGAGACCCUGGUACCUCAGAUAUGAGUCAUGGAAGGGGAGGGGCUAUAGGAGGGAUGGUAACAGUGAGGAAUGUGACUGGAGAUGAAGGGGAGGAUGGAACAAGCAGUAGUAGCACUGGAACUGAGCAAUUGGUUGGAGUGCGGGAAGUGACCUCCAACUCUGCUCAGGUGCACUGGUUUAUGGGCAGAACUUCAACACCUUACUUAGUGUGGAUGUACCAGAUUCAGUACAAUAGCACAGCUGAUGAUGCCCUUGUGUACAGAAUUCUGCCACCUACCAGUAGUAGUUUCAUGCUGAAAAAUCUAGUCUCAAGCGCAGACUUCAGCCUGUGUGUUUUGGCCAUCUUUGACGACGGCAUCUCCACCUUGGCCACCACGAAAGUGUUGGGUUGCACCCAGUUCAGCACUAAAGAGGAUUAUCCAGAAUGCCGCUCUCUGCAGGCUCACUUCCUCGGUGGCACGCUGACAGUGAUGGUAGGUGGGGUGGUGGUGGUAACAUUGCUGGUCUUCACCGUGGCUAUGAUGAUGAGACACAGAGUGUGCGGUGAUUGUCAAGACCAUGUCGGGCAGUCAGGAGAGUUCCUGCCAGCCAAAGGGGUGGAUGUUUACGCUCAGACUAACGGAAAUAACAGCAUGAUGAUGGUGGCGUUGCCAAACAGGUUGUUGGCCCAGCAAACAAGUGCAGUUCAGGCCAAAGCCAAACAUAAGGAGCACAUGCUGGUCAAACUGAGCAACGAGCCCCACUGCAGUCAGGGCUCAGACAUGGACGUGGUGAGGCACAAGCCCAAUGCCUCUUUCAUACCAGAGAGUGAUAAAGUGACAUUCUACUACUCCCCAGCCAAAAGUGCACACACUUUGCCCCACCCGGCACAUAAAGCUAUGAUGCAUGACAGCAAGCUGAAGCUGCGGCGGUCUCUAGAAAGAGAAAAUGACAAAGACAUGAUGCAAGGUGUAAAACAAUCUUUAGCCUCACUGGCCCUCACUCAGACAGGGCAGGUGGGAGAGGAAAGGAGUUCAAAUUGGCCUGGAGAGAGGUGUGUUCUAGGGACCAGACGCAGCUGCUCUUUUGAUGCAGGUGACAUCGCCACCACCACAUGUUACAGCUACGCCAAGCGGCUGAGUGUCAUCUGGACCCGCCGCAGUCAGUCGCUGCACAGCAUGCUGGUCCAUUGCGCGUCCACCACCAGCACUUCCAGCACAGUGAGCGAGCAGUAUAGCCACGUACUGGUGCAUGGAUAUUUGCACGCAUAUGCCUCCAACAACUCAAACUCCAACUCAAAUUCAAACUGUAGCAUGGACGCCAAUCCAGGAGACCUGGAGGAAAGCGUGGUGUAAUGACUGAUGUAAGAAAAGCAAGACUGAAAGAUUAAGCUGGUGGAAAACUAUGUUCAGCAUGUGCCAAGCUAAUAAAUGUGCCACCCAAAACACAGAAAAAGUCAAUGUUCUCAUGCAAUGGAAGGAAGGAAAGCAAAAAAACCUUUAAAAAAAUUUUAAUAAAUAUAUAAAA